UGAUGCUGCCCAGGGAGCCAAGAUGACUCCUCCCCAAACAUAAACAUGAAAAUCUCUUGGACCCAAGAGACCUAGCCCUGCCUUCUCUCUGCCUUCUGUCCCACCUUCUGCAGGCUUGUGUCACCAAACUGAUUCCAUCCUAUGGCUUCCAACUCUGGGGAGCCAGGGCUUCUGCCUUGUGGGUCCUGCGACAUGGUUUUCCGCUCCCAGGCCUUGUUGGCCACUCACACUCAGCGCUUCUGCAUUGGCCGCCUGGCCCGGGACGUGACCCUUGGAGCACAGCCCUCAGUGACUACUGGACCGCCUGGCGCUGCGGUAAGGGUUCCUCCGUGGCGGUGGGCGGGCAUUCGAGUGAGCCGAUCCUCAGGAUACCUACCCCAUCCCCAGGUUUUGCCACAAGAACUCCAGGAUCUCCCAGGCCAGGAGUCCAGCAAAUCUGCUCUAAAGAGGCUAACAGAGGAGGUGCAGUGCCUGCGGCUGUCCCUACAGGAAAUGCGAACCCGGAUAACAGAGGACCCCAGGGGUUCGGGGCCCUGGACGCAUUCAGAGGCCCUGCAUCAGGGUUCUGUCUCUGAGGCGGCCGGCAGCCCCAGCGAGCGGUUGCGGGCGCUGCACCGGACUCGAGCAAGGCGCGUUGCAGAGACGGAAGCACAAAGCCGAGCUCUGGAGCGACGCGGCGAGGAACUGAGUCGGCGCCUCCAAGACGUGGCCCGGACCAGGAUUGGGAUAUCCCGCCUAUUCCGCUUGGAGCAGGAACUUCGAGAACUCCGGGCUGAGGCCGGGCAGACGCGGGGAGCUGUAGAGAUGCUGGAGACGCGCGUUCAAGAGCUACAGCGGCAGCCUGCGAAGCCGCCAGACACUUGGCGAGAAGCGGAGCUCAGUUUUCCGAGCAUACCGGCCAACCCAGGAACUCUGGCUGCCGAGAUCAGGGCCCUGCGUGAGGCCUACAUUCGAGGCGGGGGCCAAGACCCCAGCAUUCUCAGCCAGAUUUGGCAUUUGCAAGUGGAGGCAUCAGCACUGGAGCUGUGGAGGUCACAGACCCGCAGGGGUGAACGGGGGCGCUCGACAGGAGGGCAUCUCGGCCGCGGGGAUCUCAGUUCUGGGCGGAAGAAAGGGUGUGAGGGCCAUCCUUUGCAUGAGGACCACCUGAGCAAAAGACCCGAGGUAGGAAACCGGGUGUUGCCUUGUCCAGAGAGCUGGAAGGCUGGAGAGCUGCUCAGAGUCGCACCCGGUGGUGACCAGUGGGACUUGCUCAUCCCGGGAAGGGCGGGGGAGCUUCUGUCGGUGGAGGCCGGAAACCGGCGCCUGGAGGCACAAAUCCUGGCCUUGCAGAUGCAGAGGGGCCUGGCCCAGAAGCCCUGGGGGCCCAGGACCAGCCCCAGUCCACGCUUAAAGGGAAAGGGGGAUCCCCCACUCCUCCCGCCACCAGUGGCACCCCCGCUGCCGCCGCUUCCAAACUCCAUGGACACCCAGUUUUGGGGAGACACGAAAAAGGCUCAUCCUGAAAUCACGACCAGGAACCAAGGCCAGGAUCCUCACCUUCUGCCCACCUGUGAUGUGCUGGGCCCUGCGCCCUAUGACCCUGGGGCUGGCCUGGUCAUUUUCUAUGACUUCCUUCGGGGCCUUGAGGCUUCUUGGACUUGGGUGCAGCUAAUGGCUGGCCUGGCCAGAGAUGGACAUGAUACAGGAGUGACCACAGCACUGCCCCCAGCCCUUUGUUUGCCUCCACCUCCAGCCCCUGGGCCUACUGGCAAUUGUGCCAUCCUUGCCAGCAGGCAGCCUGUGCCCAGACUGCCACCCUCACCAUCAGUAUCCAUGGUCUGUGAACUACAAGCUUGGCAGGGGCAGGCAUGGGCUAGUGCACCACAGUCAAAGGCUUGGGCCUCACUGGUGUUAUUUGACAGUGACCAGCGGGUGCUAAGUGGCCAUUGGCGCCUCCCGCUUCGGGCCCUUCCUCUGGACCCAAGCCUCAAGCAGCUGAAUGGGAUUUCCCAGGCAGGUCAGGCUGAGCUCUUUCUGCGACUGGUGAAUGCAAGAGAUGCAGCUGUCCAGGCACUGGCAGAGAUCAAUCCAGCAAGUGCCCACGCAUACCAGUACCCACCACCGGUAUCAUCCAGCUCAUCUUCACUGAAAGCCAACCCCCUCAUCCCCAUGGCUGGCUUUGCUGACCCCCCACCUACUGUGGAAGAGCCCCUCCACAGAGUCAAGGAAAGAGAUCAGGAUGUGAGCCCUCACCACAGCUCUGAUCCUCCCCCACGGGGUUUCUGAGAUCAGGCCAGGAUUACAACCCCAGUUGGAGACUAAGUGAACCGAAGAUGGAUGCCACCCAAGCCUGGCUCGCAGCCAAAGUCCAUCAUCCAUUUUCAGCACCAAAGAAGACUUUCAAGUCCUGUUUUUUAACCAAGCAGGGUCAGCCACUAGGUUCAAAUAUUUGAAAACAGAAAGGAUACAGCACCACUGGAGGAUGAAGGGCCUAUGGCCGCACUUGAUUUGAUCACUUCCAUGUGAAGUCAGGAACUGGGAUUUGAACUUAAACAGAUAAGUAGAGAAGGCCAAAAUUAAGAAAACAAAAAAAAAGGUACCUUUGGCCACUAUAUAAAACUUGGAGUUUUCCAAGGCACAAAUUCAGCCCAUAUUUAAGAAAAGCUUCAAAGCCACAAACUUUGCUUACAAUCUUUAUUGAAGUUAUACAAAAAGAAUCCCCCAAAAGUGAAAAAAUACAUUAUAUACAAAAACA